GGGAUUCAAUGAUAGAGAAGGUGAAGACAGCAAUAUAUCGGCACGAAGGCUUGGAAGAUGGUGAGUAUAGUUCAUUUUGGAGUGUGGUGUAUGAUAUACUCAUUGAUCGAUGGACUAAAAAUUGUACACCACUACAUUGCUUGGCUCAUUCCUUAAAUCCUAAGUAUUACUCCAUUGAAUGGCUUUCGGAGAAUCCAAAACGCAUCUCGCCACAUCGGGAUCAUGAAAUUUCUAUGGAAAGGAGCAAGUGUUUGGAUCGAUACUUUGAAGAUGAGAGUGAAUUAAAGGCAGUGAAGUGUGAGUUUGCUUCAUUCUCAGGAGGGAGGUUUCCUUCACCAGAUGCCUUGACAGAUAGGUGGGCCUUACUACCUUUGAUUUGGUGGCAAUACCAUGGCUCCGCAUUUCCAAUUCUUCAAUCCCUUGCCUUUAAACUUCUUGGACAACCUUGUUCAUCCUCAUGUGCUGAGAGGAAUUGGAGCACAUACAAAUUCAUUCAUUCCUUAAAAAGAAACAAAAUGGCUCCUGCACGCGCUGAAGAUUUGGUCUAUGUGCAUUCUAAUCUUCGACUCUUGUCAAGGCGCAAUGAGGAGUACGUAAAUACAUCAACAAAGAUGUGGGAUAUUGCAGGAGACUCUUGGAAUGAGAGUGACAUACAUGGAGGAGCUGGCAUUCUUGAGAAUGCAGCCCUUACACUUGAUGAGCCAGAGUUGGAGGCUAUGGUUAUUGGAAAUGCUAACACUAGUGUUACUACUAGUGAAAGUGAAGUUCGAAGUGAAGCUAUUGAUGUUGAUGUUGAUGAUGAUGCUAGUAUUUGAUUGUCUUGUUGAUGAUCUUUUAUUUUGUUUUAGUUUCAAAUUUGCAAGUUGUAUUCUAAUUUCCGAACAUCAUGAAUGUUUUAGUUUCAAUCUUGUGGGUUGUGUUUAAUUUAUGAACAUCAUGUUUUAGUUAUUAUCUA